AUGUGUGGCAUAUUAUGGCAUUAUAAAAAGGCUUUCGAGGACCGAGCGAAUCAAGACGCAACUUCCAGUGGCUUGGAGGAUCCUAUCUUUGAUGAAAUGGCUUCUUUUGUGCUGGAAAGAGGCGGCGACAGCUCAAACCGCUUUACCAAAACCAUAAAAAACGGCAUAAUUAAAGGUUUCUCGUCAGUUCUAUCUAUUAGAGCACCUCUCACCGUCCAGCCAAUGGUAAAAGACAACUUUGUUCUUCAGUACAACGGAGAGCUCUACAACCAACAAAUUAAACAUAAUGAUCUGCAAUAUAUCCAAGAAAUCCUCGUACAAUCUAAUUUUGACAUUGAAACCACCAUAGCACAACUCGACGGCGAGUUUGCUUACUGCAUCACAAACACAGAUUCCGGCAAAGUGUAUUUCGGUAAAGAUCUAUUGGGUAGAAAAAGCCUGGGAUAUAUGCUGGAAAAUGAUCAAAUUUACAUAAGCAGCUGUCCUCCUCCAACAGAUAGGGACUCGUGGACAGAGUGUCUGUGUGCAACCAUCUAUGUGUACGAUGUGAAGACCGGGGUAUUGGAAACGGUGGACUUCAACACCAGCUCUGUUCUGCCAAUCCAGUUCAUGGUCCAGGAAACAGAUCAAGACUUAGACAUUAUUGCAUUGCAUUCGAAACUCGCACACGCAGUACGUAAAAGAGUCACCACCAUAUCACCACCACAUCCAGCACAUUCUAAUCUAGCCCUUCUAUUUAGUGGCGGACUUGAUUGUACUCUUUUGGCAGCAUUGGCAGCUAAAGAGCUUGGUCCUGGAGCAUCCAUAGAUCUGCUCAAUGUCUCGUUCAACAAUCCUCGAUCCAACACGCUUCCUGCAAACACUCCAGAUCGUCUUCUGGCACAUAAAAGUUGGAUCGGCUUGAAAGAAAAAUACCCCGAGGUGAAUUUCGAACUUGUCGAAGUGGACGUGCCUUACGAGGAGUACUUGGAACAUCGCUCGAAAGUCAUCCAAUUGAUCUAUCCAAACGACACCGAGAUGGAUCUCUCGAUAGCCAUCGCCUUCUAUUUUGCUGCCCGUGGAAGUGGCCAAAAGGUAGGCCAUGAUGGGGUCAGAAUUCCUUAUGAAAGCACAUGUAAGGUUCUUUUAAGCGGAUUGGGGGCUGAUGAGUUGUUUGGUGGAUAUACCCGACAUGAGAGAAUCUUCACUGGCAUUUCGAACCAGUUGAAGCGCAAGAUCUCAGGAAAGCCUCAAAAGGAUACCACGGAGUAUGACUGGGACGAACUUAUGAGUUCACUUAAAGAAGAAUUGCAGUUGGAUCUUUCAAACUUGCACACUCGGAACCUGUCAAGAGACGACAAAGUCAUUUCCUGUUGGUCCAAAGAGGUCAGGUACCCGUUCCUGGAUGAUGAGUUUGUUGGAUAUGCGACGACAGAGGUGAAACUUGAGGACAAGUUGCAGAUGGAUAGAUUCACAGGAGAGAUCAUUCGGAAGUUUGCGCUUAGAAAGCUGGCCCAGCACCUUGAGCUGGAUUUUGUGGAGAACGAACCAAAGAGAGCCAUUCAGUUCGGAUCAAGAAGCGCCAAGAUGGAUCCCGGAGCGGGGAAAAUCAAGGGAACAGACCAUAUCGACGUUAAAUAG